CACACGAUGCUUCGUUUACAUGGAUGUUUGGUUGUAAACUCGUAAUUAGUGGUGAUCCUAUGCCAUGGAGAGACACGAUUCCACAGUUUGUUAAUUCAAGAUUGAACAUAGUGAUUCCACCCCGAUAUAAAUAACCUGGAUUCCAUCCAGAAUCCAAACUACCGGGCCUCGGUUAAAAGUCACGAGAACGGCUAGCGACUCCAUCCUCUCAAGCUGCACGAAGCAGACAACCAUCGUUCUUGUUGUUGCUCGAACCUGUAGGUUAUUGUUGUAGAUAAGUAAGUCCAAGCCAUCCAGGGCAUUGCUGCAUCUGGUUUGGAGUAUAUAAUGGGAUUGUGAGUGUCAAAGUACGGAUUCCAUUUCCUGCCAUGGCUACUGGUGGAAGCUCGGUUACCUCAGACCAGAAGAAACGCACACUGGAGGCCUUGGAGCGAAGGUUUGCUGUGGCUAAAGCAGAGGUUCUUGAACAGCAACAGAAGGACAAGAAAAAGUGUUCUCGGGGGGAGGAAGAAAAGAGGCAUGAUAUAAGGUGUUCUACUGUCACCCCUUUGGCAUGUGAGACAGAUGCAUCCAUAGCAACUGCACCCUCUUCAGUGCCAUCUUCAGAUAAAGAUGCAGAAGCAAAUGGGCCUGCAUAUUCUCAGUUAUCUCAAUCUGUGCAAGAGAAUUUGCUGAGUUCCAAUAUCAGGCUUUCCAGUAAAAGAGGGAGCCAAGUUGAUAGGAUUAUGCAUGAACUUUUCCAAAAUGGUGAUUUGGCACAGAAGUACAUGCAAGGAUCUAGAAGCAUGAAAAUUGAAAAUUGGCUUCUUCUUGACAAUUUAGUGCAAGGAUGUGGUGUGUAAGUUGGUACUUGCAUUAGAACUUAACAGAACUGCUCGAAGCGCUCUAAAAAGCACAUGUCAAUCCGACAACAUAAACAAUGUAGGACAUUUGAGUUGCUGCAAGAGUUCCAUAACUUUGAUACUUUCAAGCUUAUGCAUGACAUGUGGGAAAACUAUAUAAUGCAACUUCUUAAGGAUACUGGGGAAAAGCAGUUAGCUCAAUGUCUUCUCACUGCUGACUUACAUGGUGCCAUUCUUCUAGUUGCUGACGGUAAGAUAACCACCCAUAAUGGAGUGAGUGGAAUCAUGAUUCGAGAAACUGCAGAAACAUUCGGGAUAAUCACACGAGAUAACAAAUUCCGAGUGGUGCCUAAGAGGGCCUCUGUUUUCAUAUUUCAAGCUGAUUGCUGGAGGGUUACAUUACAAGGAGAUAAAUUUGCUUCUCGAGAUCUCAGCUCGUGACUCUGCUUUUGACCGGUGUAUCUAGUGUCACAGAAAUGGAAUCUGAUAAAUGGCCAAUGCAUUUUCAAUGCUACCCAGAUUCUGUUUCUUCUUUUGGUGGGUAUAAAUCUUCUCUGAUUUUUUGUUCCCAUAGUAUAGUAAUAUAGUUGCCUUCUUUGGCAUAUUUCAUAUUUGAUUAUUUAACUAUUUAACUAUUUUGUCCUUAUUUAAAUUAUUCAUGAGUGAAUUCCAUUAUUUUCUUCUCAAAAAGGAAGGAGCUGGAGUGUAGCUGAAGAUGGUUUAAAUUGAUUUAUUAGAAACGUUGAAAGCAUUGCUCGAUGAAACCAAA